UCUCCUACGAACUGCAUUCAGUCGUUAUAACCACCAGUUGGUUCUUUCUCCGCGCGUCAGUCUGCGAGUGUCGCUGUAGAGUCGUAUAAGGACUACUGCUGAAACAGUGGACAGACUUUCACACACGGCUGUUGACAUUGUGAGACGACAGGACCAUCCUUCUCAUUUGGAAUACUAAACUGGAAAUUUAUCAACUCUAUCACUUAUUGACAAAAAUCAUGUCUACUCUGUGCCAAGCAACGCAAAAGCAACAGGAACUGUCGAAAGAACAACUUGAUGCAUACCGCGAGGCCUUCUCCAUGUUCGACGAGGAUAAAGAUGGUCGCAUCACGCCGAAGGAGUUGGAGACGGUGAUGAGGUCGCUUGGCAUCAAGCCAACAGACACCGAAGUCCGGGAUAUGAUCACCAACAUGGACAUAGACAAGAACGGCACCAUUGAGUUCGACGAGUUCGUAGCCGUGAUGACGAAAACGUCGAAGUCGCAAAUGGAGCCAGAGAUGAAGGUGACGUUCAAGAUUUUCGAUCAAGAUGGCGACGGCUACAUCGACGCUAAGGAACUGAAGCAGGUGAUGAAGGCUUUGGGGGAGAAGCUGACGGACGACGAGAUCAGGGUGAUGAUCCUAGAAGCCGACAAGAACAACGAUGAGAAGAUCAGCUAUGAUGAGUUCGUAUUGAUGAUGCAGUCCAGGUGAAGAGUAUUCGUCGCCAUGGAAACGUACACCGACUUCCGGCAUGCCUUUUGCUUCAUUCGUGACGCCAACUUUUAAAUUUUUGACUUAACUGUGUUUUGACACAUGGAAGGUCGUUUGUCUGACAUUCCAUAGGUUUCGACUCCAUGUUAGAUGGUUUAAAGAUCCUAAGGAAUCUAUGAUAAACACAUACACUGUUUGGAAACUUGUGACUUUGGUAGAUAAAUAUGUAUAAUCAUUUUUAAUAAGAUUUCCCCUUAAAUUAAAUUCGACGUUUUCAGUUUUUUGCAAUACAUCCUGAUGGCAUGUUAUAAAAUAUGAAUAUGAAUUGCACUAAUGUAUUGGUGAAGGCUAGCGGACGUUUCUAAUGUAAAAGUGUAUGUUAAUAACAGCUAAAGAUUCCCUUCCUAAACAACAAACAGUGAAACGUCGUUAAUCCAGACCUUUUAGUCCUUUAUGGCCGAUUAUUGUCGAGUCACCCGUGUUCGUGACCUGACGUGAUGAUUCCUCGUGCAUUUGUGACGUCUAUCAAGGUUACUUUACGUCCACAUAAUAGGUCGUAUGAUUCAAAAACUUCACAGAUCACUCUCACUAAAAACAGUAUUCGAAUAGGUGAUUAUUUGCCAUGAACUGGAAAUGAUGUUCUAAAACCUAUAAAAUCCAUUUAUUAAGUGUUUGAAAACAACAAGUACGUUUCUAUCUGGUGCGUCGCAUUUUGUACGACCAAGGAAUGCAAAUAACCAACUUAGAUAGUGCUACUACGGAAAAAAUGUUUUUCUUUACAUUUUGACAACGGCUGUAGAUAUAUAUUUCUUAAAACCGAAAUUUUAAGCACAAUGUGCCAUUUUAUCCAUAAAUCUCGUAGUUUUAAUAGUCGGUUGCUUUGGAGGUGACAGAAAUUAAAUCUGUUUGGUUAUUAUAAUUAAUCACAAAUUUGAAUGAUCACAUAUGACAAAAAAAUCACUUUCGCGUCUGCGAUAUAAUGGUCGCCUAAUACUUCGCGUCACAAACUGUCAUACUCAAGGAUAUGUAGAAAGAACAUUGCUCCUUAGCAAUCAUUCUUUAAACCGAAAACAUGUUACCCCGGACGAUCUCAUUCAGGACGGUACCGUCCUCAUGAACGGGAAUUCACUGUACACCAUGGUCAUUCCAAGACUGUUCACUAUAUAUCAAUAUCGUCAGCAUCUAUUCUUUUGAGAUACUGCGUCAUCCAAUCGUAUUACCACUGCGCACAACUAUCUGGUAGCUUCAGUGUCUACUCAUUUGUCCAAGAAUAAUUAAUCAGUUAGUUUAUUACUGUAUGAUAGAGGACAUUUAAUUUCUCAAGCUUAGAUCGUGUGUUUCGUGUUUUCCAAUAUUUUGUUGUAUAUUGUUAAAACCAAAGAGCAAAUAAACCUCAGUAUUUAUACUCUAAAGUGUUUUAUAUUUAUCAUGUAUAUUGUAAAUGUGUUCAUGAGCUCUCAUUCGUGUUGUCACUCCAGUUUGGACAUGCAAGCUCUUUACUUUCUAUUUAUCAAUUUGAUGCAAUAAAUAAAACAUAUACUCUUGA